AUGGUCACUCAAACAAACAGCAUCCACAGCUACCAUGCCGACGGCGAGUUCUUCGUUUGGACGGAUUUCUGCUGCUCCGCCCAGAUUAACUCGUACAUCGGCGCGGAAGGAACUCGUCCAAUAAGCCACGGCAAGCCGCCUGCGACUGGAACUUCUUCUUGUCAUCUUAAUCCUUUGGAUAGUUCGAGACAAGUCACUCAAAUCUCCCGAUGCCCGCAGUCAGAAGCCUCCUGGCUUUGUACAAUGGCGGGAAGUGAUUUCACGGAUGUGGAGAAGCUACUGUUGGAUUACAUGAGGGUCGAUUCAACCACAGAAAGGGAAGGUGAAUUUGGCGAAAUGCUAAAAGUAGGACUAGAGCAGAAUGGGUGGAUUGUUGUGAAGCAACCGCUGAAUGGGAACUCAUCGAGGUUCAACUUGCUCGCCACGCGUAGACCACUUGAAGAAUUCUCGCCUCGAGUGCUGUUCAACAGUCAUCUCGACACUGUUCCUCCCUUCAUUCCUCCAACCGAAGAUUCGCAAAACAUCUAUGGUCGAGGUGCAUGCGACGCUAAAGGACAAAUCGCUUGCAUGGUUACCGCAGCUCAAGCGUUGGUUGAUAAGCAUCCUAAAACUGCCAGAGAACUUGCUCUUCUCUUCGUCGUUGAUGAAGAGGUUAAUCACACCGGAAUGCAGAAGGCCAACGAGUUCACUGCUUUACAACCGGAAUAUUUAGUUGUAGGAGAGCCAACAGAAUUAAAGUUUGCAACUAUUCAGAAGGGAGCAUUGAAGGUUGUCGUAAGGUGCAAAGGAAAGGCUGGUCACUCUGGGUAUCCGUCGGAGGGGGAAAGUGCUAUUCACAAGCUGAUUCCUGUUCUCAAUGAUGUGCUCAAUUAUGCAUGGCCAAAGGAUGACACCUACGGAGCAACAACAGUGAACAUAGGAAUCAUGGAAGGAGGACAAGCUCAGAACGCAUGGGCAGAGAAUGCGUACGCUAGGAUAUUCGUGCGUGUUACCACAUCUGUUGCUGACGCUCAGAAAAGGUUGGAAGAAAUUGUUGCAGGUCGAGCAAACAUCGAAGUCAUAUCGUUCAAUGAACCGGUCGUGUUGAGCAAUCCUCCAUUAGAUUAUCCUACCGAUCAAGUCGCCUUCAACACCGACUUGCCUUACUAUUCAAGGCUUUCUUCGCUAAAAGGAAAAUACUUGUUCGGUGCUGGAACUAUCAAGGUUGCUCAUUCGAAACACGAGCUUGUUCCGAAACGGGAAAUUCACGCUUGCAGAGAAGCACUCAUCGCCUUAGUACUUAAAUUAUGUUCAUGA